CCUCAACCGAUGUGGGAUUUGUGAAAGGGGAUGGCGCCAUUAUCAGUAUUUCCACCAUUAGCUAAUACAAAUUAUCUCAUUUUUUGUGGACACUAGAUUAGACGAAAUAAAAUAUAAUAGAAUUGGAAAGUGAUGGUAAACGAAAUUGGAAGGCAACAACCGAAAAUGGAGAAGAAGAAGAAGAUGAUGAAGGUCAAACUCUUUCCUCAUUUGCUACCCACUUUCUAUCUCUCUUCUCUCCCUCACUCCUUUGACCGAUCAAAUUGAACUCUCAGGCACAACUCUUCUUCUUCUUCUUCACCAAUCUACUCCCAUAUCUCUCUCUUCGUAUAAUUUGAUGGAGAUCGACAAAGCAAUCAGGGGAAGCGAUGACAGGAGGCUGAAGACGAAAUACAACAACGCCAUCUACGUUAUUCAACGUGCACUUGCUCUCUAUUCAAUUGAAGAGGUUGCCUUUAGCUUCAAUGGUGGGAAGGAUUCAACUGUUCUGUUCCACCUUUUGAGGGCUGGCUAUUACCUGCAUCAAUGUGAAAAAAGUGUUCCAACCUUGGAUACUGACAUCAAAUACCCAGUACGAACGAUCUAUUUUGAGAGCUCUUCUGCUUUCCCUGAGAUCAACUCGUUCACUUAUGAGAUUGCUGCAAGUUAUGGAUUGCAACUUGAUAUUCUUCGCCAAGAUUUUAAGUCUGGCUUGGAGGGUCUACUCAAAUCCACACCCAUCAGGGCCAUUUUCCUUGGAGUUCGAAUUGGUGAUCCUACAGCGGUUGGCCAAGAACAAUUCUCCCCCAGUUCACCUGGAUGGCCAUCUUUCAUGAGAAUUAAUCCUAUUUUGGACUGGUCAUACAGAGAUGUGUGGGCCUUCCUUUUAACUAGCAAAGUUCGAUAUUGCAGCCUUUAUGACAAAGGGUACACUUCAAUUGGAAGCAUACAUGAUACAGUUCCAAAUGCAUUAUUGUCUAUGAGCAACUCUCCCAAUUCUGGAGAGAAAUUCAGACCUGCAUAUUUACUUUCAGAUGGACGAUUGGAAAGAGCAGGAAGAGUAAAGAAAUCUGGACAAUCUCCUGUUAUCACCAAUGGCCUUAAAAAUGCAGAAAAACGUUCAGGUGGGAUGCUUACAGCCUCAAUAAUUGUCGUGGGAGAUGAGAUUUUGUUUGGCAGUGUCAAUGAUUUAAUUGGAAUUUCUUUGAGCAAAAAGCUGCAUUCUGUAGGCUGGCGUGUAUCUCAAGUAGCUGUGGUUUCAAAUAUUAUAGAUUCAGUUGCUGAAGAAGUUGAACGACUCAAGUCUGCAAAUGAUAUGGUCUUCAUAUAUGGUGCAGUUGGCCCUCUGCAAUCAGAUGUUGCCGUUGCAGGAGUUGCAAAAGCAUUUGGAGUUCGAACAGCCCCGGAUGAGGAGUUCGAAGAAUAUCUUAGGCAUGAUAUUGGGGAAAAAUGCACGGGCGACAAAAAUGAGAUGGCUCAGUUGCCAGAGGGUAUUACUGAGUUACUCCAUCACGAGAAACUACCAGUUCCAUUGAUCAAAUGCUUAAAUGUGAUUGUUCUUGCUGCAACCAAUGUGGAUGAGCUUGAAAGGGAAUGGGAUUGUAUUCUUGAGUUGUCAGAAUCUGGCGGCCUUCUCACAUUGGCAGAACCGCUUGUCUCCAAGUCCUUCACUACAACCCUAUAUGAUGUGGAACUUUCUCAAGAGCUAUCAAAACUCUGUCUUGAAUAUCCAGAUCUUUAUAUAGGAUGUUACCGCAGACACGCUUGUGAUACAUUUUGACGGCAAGGUAAGAAAUGAAAAAUAAGAGUGAAUAGGUUUGUGGGUAAUUCUAACUUAUUGGGGAUUUGGUUUUGGAUGAAGAAAAACUGCAAGCUGCUGCAAAUGCUUUGAAAAAAGAAGUUCUAUUUGGGGGCAUUUGCUGAACUGAAUUACAAUGGGAAACUAUGACUCAAUUAGGUAUGAAAUGAAAUUUCUUUGUCUGAAACAUAACGAAACACAUCAUCUCACGAUUAUAUGAGACAUGUUCAAUAAAGUCGAGUUAGCCUUGAUGAUGGCCUCUCUUUUUACUUUGCUUUGUUGCAACUCUGGUUGGACUUUGGACCUUUGUAUUUUUUUAUAUGUAUAUUCUCAAUAUUUUUCGCCA